AAGUCUCACUGCGCAGGCGCGGAGCGGUAGGCAGGAGCAGGCGUGGCCUGACUGUGCGCUUGUGCCGAAUUCCAGCUGCGACUGCUGAGGGAGAAAAUGAUGCCCAGGUUGGGCUCCACGGCCCACCGGCCGAGGAGAGGCCUGCGCUGCACACGCGCAGACCGAGCAUCCGCGUCAAGAGGCGAAGAGAGCGCGCGCUCCCCACGUCCUGCGCGCCUGGCUGCCAGGCAUUCGUCUCAGCCGUGACUCUCGCCAGGCCGGGGCUGGGGCGCCCACGUCUGAAGAGCGAUGCCCCGGGAGAUCAUCACCCUGCAGCUGGGCCAGUGCGGCAACCAGAUUGGGUUCGAGUUCUGGAAACAGCUGUGCGCUGAGCAUGGUAUCAGCCCCGAGGGCAUCGUGGAGGAGUUCGCCACCGAAGGCACUGACCGCAAGGACGUCUUUUUCUACCAGGCAGACGAUGAGCACUACAUCCCCCGGGCCGUGCUGCUGGACCUGGAGCCCCGGGUGAUCCACUCCAUCCUCAACUCCCCCUAUGCCAAGCUCUACAACCCAGAGAACAUCUACCUGUCGGAGCAUGGAGGAGGAGCUGGCAACAACUGGGCCAGUGGAUUCUCCCAGGGUGAGAAAAUUCAUGAAGACAUCUUUGAUAUCAUAGACCGAGAAGCAGAUGGAAGUGACAGUUUAGAGCUCCAGAACAGCUCCAGAGUGAUAAAGGGCUUCGUGCUGUGUCACUCCAUCGCUGGGGGUACAGGUUCUGGCCUGGGCUCCUACCUCCUGGAGCGACUGAAUGACAGGUACCCCAAGAAGCUGGUGCAGACUUAUUCAGUGUUUCCCUACCAGGACGAGAUGAGUGACGUGGUGGUUCAGCCAUACAAUUCACUCCUGACACUCAAGAGGCUGACGCAGAACGCAGACUGUGUGGUGGUGCUGGACAACACAGCCCUGAACCGGAUUGCCACAGACCGCCUGCACAUCCAGAACCCGUCCUUCUCCCAGAUCAACCAGCUGGUGUCCACCAUCAUGUCUGCCAGCACCACCACUCUGCGCUACCCCGGCUACAUGAACAAUGACCUCAUCGGCCUCAUCGCCUCGCUCAUUCCCACCCCACGGCUCCACUUCCUCAUGACCGGCUACACACCGCUCACUACGGACCAAUCAGUGGCCAGCGUGAGGAAGACCACGGUCCUGGAUGUGAUGAGGCGGCUGCUGCAGCCCAAGAACGUGAUGGUGUCCACAGGCCGAGACCGCCAGACCAACCACUGCUACAUCGCCAUCCUCAACAUCAUCCAGGGAGAGGUGGACCCCACCCAGGUCCACAAGAGCCUGCAGAGGAUUCGGGAACGGAAGUUGGCCAACUUCAUCCCGUGGGGCCCCGCCAGCAUCCAAGUGGCCCUGUCGAGGAAGUCUCCCUACCUGCCCUCGGCCCACCGGGUCAGUGGGCUCAUGAUGGCCAACCACACCAGCAUCUCCUCGCUCUUUGAAAGUUCCUGCCAGCAGUUCGACAAGCUGCGGAAGCGGGAUGCCUUCCUUGAGCAGUUCCGUAAGGAGGACAUGUUCAAGGACAACUUUGAUGAGAUGGACAGGUCUAGGGAGGUUGUUCAGGAGCUCAUUGAUGAGUACCAUGCAGCCACCCAGCCAGACUACAUUUCCUGGGGCACCCAGGAGCAGUGAUUUCCCUCCCCACUACUCCUGGAUGGGAAGCACAGCCUCGACCAUGCCUGCUCCCUCUGACCCAACUUCACCUCAUGGACAACCCUUCUUGGUUCAUCUCCAGCCCAUGAGCUUCCUCCUGCUUCCUCCCUUCCAUGCCCUAACUCUUGAUAUGCUUGUUCAGCUUUAAUAAAGUAAUAAAGCUUGGUUGUCAGUAUA